AUCUUCAAACCCAUCCCUGUUUCACUUUUGCAGAUUUUUUUUCUGGGGAAUUUUCUUUUGUUGGUUGGUUCUGAAAAACUGUAAAUGGCUGACUCAGUGCCAGAGUUAGGUCAAGUCGCCGGCGGAGGUUUACAGGUUUUCUCUGUCGACGCCGAGUGCAUCAAGCAGCGUGUCGACGAGGUUUUACAGUGGGUUGAUUCGCUUGAGCAUAAACUGAAAGAAGUAGAGGAGUUUUACUCGAGCGUUGGUGUCUCAAACUCUGGCUCUAUUGUUAAAGAUACAGAAAAAGGGAGACAUGUUGUGGGGAUUAGGAAGAUUCAACAAGAGGCGGCACGUAGAGAAGCUGUUGCUGCUAAAAGAAUGCAGGAUCUUAUGCGUCAAUUUGGAACAAUCUUUCGUCAGAUAACUCAGCAUAAGUGCGCAUGGCCAUUUAUGCAUCCUGUCAAUGUAGAAGGUCUUGGUUUGCAUGACUACUUUGAGGUUAUUGACAAGCCCAUGGACUUCAGCACGAUAAAGAAUCAAAUGGAGGCUAAGGAUGGUACCGGGUACAAACAUGUCCUGCAAAUAUAUGCUGAUAUGCGGCUAGUGUUUGAGAACGCAAUGAAUUAUAAUGAAGAAACAAGUGAUGUUUACUCUAUGGCGAAAAAGUUACUGGAAAAGUUUGAGGAGAAAUGGGCACACUUUCUUCCAAAGGUUCAAGAAGAGGAGAAAAUACGGGAGGAAGAGGAUAAGCAAGCAGCAACAGAGGCGCUGCUAGCAAAGGAAGCAUCUCAUAUCAAAACAACUAGAGAAUUGGGCAACGAGAUUUGCCAUGCUAAUGACGAGCUGGAGAAGCUAAUGCGUAAAGUUGUGGAAAGAUGCAGGAAAAUUACAAUUGAGGAGAAGCGUAAUAUUGGGUUGGCAUUAUUAAAAUUGUCUCCGGAUGAUAUACAGAAAGUGUUGGGUAUAGUUGCUCAGGCUGACCCUAGCUUCCAACCUAGAGCAGAGGAAGUGAGUAUUGAGAUGGACAUACUGGAUGAACCAACACUAUGGAGGCUAAAGUUCUUUGUGAAGGAUGCGUUGGAUAAUGCAAUGAAGAAGAAGAAAGAGGAAGAGACAAAGACUGGAGCUUUGAAUGGGACACAAAAGAAAGAGGUUUCAAACAAACGAAAUGCGAAUAACAAGUUAGCUGAGAGAAAAACAAAGCGGUCACGUGUAUGAAACCACAAUUGCUCAUGAGUAGAGAAGACCUGAACAUGUUCAAUGAGAUUGAUCUCCUUUGUAUAUACGUUUUUGUAGUAGUCGUUCUAGUGCGUGGUUAACAUUGACAAAUGCAAUCUAUAAAUAAAGCUUUCGUCUUUAU